CGUCGGGGCGCAGCGCAAAAGUCCACCCAAAUCGCUUCUAUACAAUUUGUAUUUGCUAUGGCACACUAUGCCGGGGGGUAGCGGGUCGCAUUCUUGCGCGGCGGAUUUCCGUCAGUGCGAUGCGGCCCGCCCCGCCCCGCUGCGCCCCGUCAACAGUGUGCUAUAGCAAGCGGAUUGGUGUGCACGCGCGCACGUGUUCAUUUCACGAUAUUUGCAUUUUUUAUUAUUUUCGUGAUACUUUGGUGUUCACAAAAAUGAAUGAAGAACUUUUGAUUAAUUUAGUUCAAGGAUACAAAGAACUUUAUGAUUUGCAAGAUCCUCAUUACGAUGAUCAACAAAGAAGAGACAAUAUUUGGAAGGAAAUAGGGGAUAUAAUGAAAGAAUCUGCUACAGCUUGCAGAGAAAGAUGGAGACGUGUAAGAGACAAUUACAGACGCGCUAAAAAAUUAAGGAAAACAAAAAGUGGACAAGCUGCUACAAAUAUGAAGAAACCAAAAUAUGAAGAUUUAUUGUCAUUCCUUAUCCCCUAUAUUAGCAACGAGGAUGAAACUUUUUCAAAUUUUCCACUGAAUAAUGUUUCGCAAGACUCAAGUAAUGAGGAUAAUAGUCUUUUAGAUGAUAAUCAUAGCCGUGAUAGCCCCGGUUCAAGUGCUGGUACUUCUCAAAGCACUAUAAGAAAUCGUCCUGGUUCUUCAGAAGACAUUUCACCUCGUCCUUAUAAAAGAAAUUCUAAAAGUUUAGAUACUCCACCACAGCUUUCACCAACACACUCGUUAUUGCAAGAGUAUUUAGAAAAAAAAUACAGGGCCCAGAAAAAUGAAUCUCACAAAAUAGUUGACUUUUUCAAGAACUUGGGAGAAACUGUUUCAAAUUUUCCGGAAGAUGUACAAAUUCGUGUGAAACGUGAAGUUUUUAAAAUAGUUACCGAUGCAGAGGAAUUGGUUUUCAGGGACAAAUCUAAACCACAAUAUGUAUUAAAAUUAUCUCAAGAAAGCGCGUCGCCCAUAAUCGGUGUUUUAAAUGAUUUAGAUGCGCAACCUCCAAACCAAAUUAUAACACCAACUUCAACAAAUGUGAAUACAAAUAAUAAUAACACACAGGAAGAAAUUGGUCUUGAUCUUGAUGAUAACGCAUUAAAUGUUUUUUUCCAUUAAAUCCAUUUCAUGUACACGAAUUGCGUAGGUAUUAUAUUUUUGUGUUAUUUUAUUUUAUUUUUCAUUAUAUUAAACUAAACAAUACUGUUUUUGAUUUAUAAGCUUAAGAUGUUUCAUUUUUAUAUUUUUGGUAAUAAUGUUUGAUAGGUAAUAAUAAUGGUAAGAUUUUUGUUCUGUGAUUUUGUGAUCAUAAUAUAAUAUUGAAAUUAUUUA